UUUUCAUCUGAAAAGAAAUCGGAUUUUCGACCACCGCCUCCAACGGUUAGAAAUACGGGAAGGUCACCCCUCCCCUGCCCUAGCCGCCACAGGAAACCAGAUCAAGGAGAAGAGAGAUCCAAUCAAGAAAACAACAGGUAUUGCAGGUGCAGAAGACGAAGGAAAUGGAGCCUGCAAACUUGCGUGACUACAUUAUCCAUGGCGAGAGCUGGAUUGCUUUGAAUUCUUACAUGGAUACUCUCCAGGGAGGCCCUCUUGUUGCAGAUGCUCCCAAAGGCCAGGAGGAGGGGUAUCUCCCAAGACGCCUUCACCUGAAUGCUCAAAAGACCAUGUAUCUCUCCAUUCGGUUGCUGCUGAGUGUCAUACGAAUUGGCCGCUGCCCGCGCAACUUAACUGUCAACAGCAUUGUGCUAACCCGCCCUGAUUUCCGUCCAAGAUUUGUUGGCAAUGUGGACUUUGAGCAGAACCCUGAUAAUCCAACUUGUGAUGCAGCAAUGUCUGCCUUAGCAGGAAUCUUUGAGAACAUCCUGUGGAGUCAUCUGCCUGAGGACGAGUCUGUACCUGACGAAGUGCACAACUUGCUCUAUCUUAUGCGUCAGCAGGACAGCUUCAAGUUGACAGAGGCAAUUCAAUAUCAUUCCUGCCUGGUCCCCCUGGAGAAUAGAGGGCAUCUCUUUCUGAAGGAAUAUCAAUACACAGUUGAUAUCCUGAGGAAGAUUGAGCCGUUAAAUUUCAGAUACGUGAUGACUCAGCUUGUGUACCCGAGACAUUGGAAAAUCAUAGCAGAAUCCAAUCCUUACGUCCAAGCUGUGAUUGAGAGGGGCGACUAUGACUCUCUAAGAAGCAAGGAGUCUACCUGUACUCCACUUGAACUUCUCAAGCAUGCCCCCACCUGCCACUGCCUCCAGGACUUUGCCAACAAGUGUGUGCCGCAUGGCCUGGGCUUUGAGCCUAAGGAUAUGAACCACGCCCUGUACAUAAUGUCCGAGCACUUACUAGCCUCGCUCCAGCUGGCUCUCCACCGUGUAGGCCAUCUCGCCUGCCUACGAACCGGCUUCCUAUUCCCCUGGAAUUAAAAUGUAAUCGGCGAACACUGGUGUAGUUAGUUAUAUAGAUACUACAGAAUUUAUACAUUAGGUCUGUUAUACAUUACUGUAUAUGGCUGAAAGCUCGUUUUGUUUUUUGUAGUAAGAAUAUAUAUCUCGACACUCAGAUAUAUUAAAGGACUAAAGAACGUUGAGUUGGAAAUAGUGUAUCUGGUCAGUGUCA